UCCUACACGCCGGCCCCCGUUCUCACUCGAGUCUGAGAGACUUUCGCCUCUUUCUGCUACUCUCAGUCGAUCGAUCCCUAGCGCCUCCUCCUCUUCGACUCUCAGAGACUCUCGCCUCUUUCGCCGCUUCCUCUUCGAAGCCACAAGCAUCCCAGAUUCCAACUGCAAACAAGGACAAAUUAUGAUGAGUGAAGUAAUUGCUGGAUCUGAUCCUUCAACAGACGCAAAUACUGGCUUUGAUGCCAGUCGUAUUGCAGAAGUUAAAGCAUGGCUUGUAUCUCAAUUUGAUGCAGCUGGAAAAGAUGUCCCUGAUUUUGAGUCUACUCCUCGAAGCAUUGCUCAUUUACAUAACCUUUCCACCAUCUCCCAAGCAAAAACUCAAGCCGCUGGCAUUGUUGCGAACGACUUCCGCCAGAAAGCAUCUGAGUAUCGUUCCCAAGCUGCAAGGAUUAGAGAGAUAUUGGAGCAUGUGGGAUUGGCACAAGAGAGUCUACCACCAAAUGUGGUUGGAUCGGCACAAGUUCUUGCCAAUGUGGCAAACUUAUUGAAUAUUAGAGAUACUGAACUUAGUAGUUUUCUUGUAGCAAUGGCGGAUAUUUCUCUAAGAAAGACUGGAGUUGAAGAAAAGAGGGCCAAAGUACAGAAGGAGUCUAAAGUUCUUCUUGAUUACACUCGAAAGGCCAUAGCAAGGCUGACCUAUUUGAAAAAAACACUUGCGCAACUGGAAGAUGAUGUAGCUCCUUGUGAGGCUCAAAUGGAAAGCUGGAAGACAAACUUGAAGAUUAUGGUUUCAAAAGAGCGUCAAUACCUGCAACAAUAUUCGAACUAUAAGGCAAUGCUCAAUCGCGCGGGCUACACGCCAGAUAUUAGUCACGGAGUUUUGGUUGAAAUGGCAGAGCACAGGAAGGAAUUGGAAAAGAAAACAAAGCCCAUCCUUGAUACUUUGAGAAGCUACCAAGACUUGCCUCCUGAUAAAGCUUUGGCUGCACUGGCAAUUGAGGACAAAAAGAGGCAGUAUGCUGCUGCUGAGAAGUACCUUGAAGAUGUAUUGCAAUCAGCUCUUGCCACUACGGAGUGACAUUCAGGCAUGUUCUUAGUUUUUUUUUUCAUGAGACUAUUGCUGCCUUCUUGAGUAUAUCUUUGUUCCUCGCUGUUGAAAAAUUAAAGGGCAUGUUUCUGUUUGAAUUGAUUUCUGCCAAUGAUGGCGUUUCAUAUCAAUGCUUCUCUGUUAGGUUUAUCAUGUUGAUGUUUGUAUAGAUGUGGCGGACGACUUUAAAGGUGACAGGGAUUCUGUAUGAAUUCGGACAAUUACAAGUUGUUUCAGAAAUGCAUUAAGAAGUAAUUUUUUAAAAUUUAU